GGGGAUAGAAAAAUAGUAUGGCGCAGUUCCUACGGAUACUUACUCGUUUAAGCCACCGGCCGCGCCACACGGAGUUGGGAACCCGCGGGCCAAGUCGCGAACCUGAGCCUGCAGAGGUUGAACCCGCGACGAAGCAGAGAACAUUAGCAGCUAUUAUUAUUAUUCUUGAUGGUAUAUACUAAAGCUGUUCUCUACCGGGUCCAAUCCCGGUUUCCUUGCGCCCUUUAAUUCCUGAUCCCCCGUUCCCACGUGUUACUGAUCGCCCCGUCCUUUCAUAAGUACCGAGUAGACCUUGUCUCUGAGAUUCGUGAGUCGCGAGCGCGUUGCGAUCUUUCGUUUGGAAGCUGGCAGGACCAUGAGCUCCAAACGACGCGCUGCGCCCGUGGCUUCUCCGGAGUCGUCUGUUCAUGGGCAAAAGCGGAGGAAAGUCUCCGACGAUUCUACCGCUGACGUCGAGACCCCGCAAACCACCACAGAAGCUGGCCUGAAAUUGCUUGCCCAUAUAAAACAGUCCACAGAUAAAAAUGGACGUCAAAUUACCACCAGCUUCCUUCAUCUACCCGAUAAAAAAGAAAACCCAGAUUAUUACCGAACUAUUGUACUCCCAAUCGCCAUAGAUACAGUAGAGGAAAAAUUGAAGCGCCAUGAAUAUCCCACAAUUACCGCCCUGGAAAGCGAUCUCAAGCGCAUGAUUAGCAAUGCGAAGGUUUACAACCAAAAGUCCUCUCAGGUGUUUGCUGAUGCCGAGAGGAUACGCAAAAUACUCUCCAACAAUAUGCCAAAGAUAAAUCCCGCGUACAAGGACCCGAAAUAUGUCGCUUUCCCUACCCCGUUGCCUGAUGAAGCGCCUGGAGAUGAAGAGGCAGCAGAGCCCGAUGCCAGUCCUAAGGAAUCUCCGGAUGAGCAGCAGAAAUCAAAACAGCGCUCCAGCUCUGCUGCCUUUGGCAAGGACGACAAACAGCAGACGAACUUCGAAGGCGACAGUCUUCAGACUGCGCAAGAUAAGAUCAUCUCAGAAUUGAUCAAUCUAAAAGAUUCGGAAGGCACCGAAGUAGGACUCCCCUUUGUCAAUAAACCUGACCGCAACCUCUACAAAGAUUAUUAUGAGAUCAUCCAACAUCCUGUCUCGUUGAGAACUAUACAAAGGCAGGCCCGCGGUACGGAUGGCAGGAAGACUGGUCCAAGGACAACCGCCUUCCCCACAUGGUUAUCGUUCGAAGAGGAAAUGGAAUAUAUAUGGCGCAAUGCGCGGGACUUCAAUGAAGACGGCAGCGAAAUCUUCAACUACGCCGGUAUACUCGAGGAUUACUUCAAAAAACGCGUUGCCGAAGCCAAAAGAGUCGUGCCCGACGGUAUACAAGAAGGCACUGAUGGCAGCACUCCUCGUCUCAGGCUAAGGAUGGCCACCACAAAAACACCGGAACCGUCGUCGUCUUCGUCGUCGCAGAGGCUGACGUUGAGGCUCCCUGGUCAGAAAUCGGAUGGCACACCAAAAGAUGAGAGGACUCAACCUGGAGUGACUGUAGACAGCGAAGCACUGAAGAGACAGCAAGAACUCGUCCGUGCUGGGUCAAAUGGGCAAGAUAUCGAUGCUCGCUCGACACCAUCGACCAGGAAUCUGAGGAGAAAUGGCAGUCCAAAGCUAGGUGCUAGGUUCCAGAUUCCACCCGAGCGUAGAGGGAGCAGCUCUGCGCCUUCUCCUGCACGCUCUACCACGACAGCUGUCAAAAGCGAGGGACAAGCAGUCGCCUCACCCAACCUGGCUGCCGUCCAGUCUCGUGAAGACAGUCAAGAGUCCAUGCGACCCGCGGCCGGAACCACGAUACCGCUGGCCUCUCAGUCAACAGUGCUGUCGCCUCCGGAUCUUGCCCCGCCCAAUGUGACUGGCAGCCCAUCUAUUCCUGUUGACCAACCUGCGUAUCUUAAGGUACCACAGAAUGUAUCAUUCGAUAGCAUCUGGGAAGGACGAGAUCGAAGUCUCGCAAAUGCUCUUCUCACAAAUGUCUCUGUAUUUACUCACCCGAGCCUAGAGCUUCGCAAAGCUCUCAAACUGGACAUACCCCCUUCCGCCGUCGGGUUACAACAAUCGAUAACGAUAAAUCUUCCUUCGACUCAUAAUUACCUCUUGAUACGUCCUACGACCGUGGAAGAGACACCUCAACGACAGAUUAAACUUGUGGCAUCUGUUGGUAGCCAGAAGAUUCCUUUGCCAGUGCACACCCGGCCUCCUGGUUCUAGCGCUCCUGUCUAUGAAGUACGCCUCAACAGGGGUGUUACUCGAGUUGACCUGGAAGUCGUUGCCGGCCCUUCUAGAACCGUUUCAAGAAAUGGGCCACCAGGUACUGACAUAGAAUACGAGCGGUUGACGAUAUUUUUCCAUCUACUGCGACAGUGAAAUGGGACAAGAGCGUGCUUUUGGGCUACUUGAUGAUGUGAAGUGGACGUCUUGGUUGGAAUCCUCCAGCCAGAUCCUUCAAUACGAGAUUCAGGUGCCCUGGUCGAUCUCUUCUUUCGGGAGGCCUCAGUUGUAUCGUGCAUGCUGUAUAGAUGCUAGGGUUGACAUUUUGACACACGGCUUCAAACUGGUUUAGCGUAUUUUGUUAUGAGUUGAGAUUGCCUUGUUUGAUAUUAUUGCCAUCGAGAACAGAUUUCACACAACGGCUCGGCCGAGUGGCCUCUUCGUUUUGUUCUUUUCUGUUUUUGAUUCAAUAAAUGAUAGAGAUAUCCCGCAUACCGGUCCAUUCAACCAAUUAAUCUUAAAUUCCGAGGCCUUCGCCAUCUGCAAAGCAGUAAUUCUACCAUAGUCCCAGUAGGGUGAAGAUCUGGAAGAUUUGCCUGAGCGGGGUUCAUCUGAUCCACUCAGACUCGCUAUUUUUCACCAAAGCUG